GGCGAGCGGCAGCCCCCGGCUGCGGCCGGCGGGAGUGCUGCCCCCUGUGGACACAGCGCGGCACUGCAGCCCCCCCGAGCCAGCGCCCCGCCCCUCGCAGCUGGGCGCCGGGGGGGCGGGGGAAGGACGGCUGCCGAGGGAGGGGAGGGCGAGGGGCGGGAGAAGCGAGCGGCGAGCGGGGCGGUGUCUGUAAAUAGCGGGGAGGGGCGAAGGUGUUUCAGAAGCGUAAAGAGACGCCGUGGCUGAGGCAGGCUCUGCGACGACGGCGUCGGCCUCCGAGCGCAGCCGAAGCGUGCGCCCCGAGGAGCCCGGCAUUCUUAGGAGAAUGGUUGGAGGAGGAGCGCAACUUCCGGAAAAUCCAGAUUGUGUCAAGUGCAACACUUUUUGUGGCAGAUUCAUCACAUCACAAAAGGGAUCCGCCCAGUGUCAAAGAUGAUGCUUGAGAUUGAGACUACAAUUAAGUUGAGGAUUGUGACUAGGAGCAGGAGGGUGCCACAGCCUUGGACUCAGGAUAAAGCUGGAGACUCGAGGACCCAGGCACACUCAGGAGAGUUUGACCAAGAGGCUGACAGCGAUCACAGGGCCCUCUGAGGCAGACUCAUUUCAGGUCCAAUGUGGAUUCACCUCACCGGUCAUCCAAAAGAUAAGUUGGGGGGCCACAGCCUGGAGAUGGGAUGAUAGGAGAGUAGUGGCUUGGAAAUUCCUAGACAGAUUUAAAAAUUUGCAGAGGGUGAAGAGAUGUCCUCUAAGGGGCCCCGUGGAACAGCUAAAGGGAGAGGCUCUGCUUUCGAUUGCAGCUGUAGGGUAUGCGGUGCAGAACAGUUCCGGUCUGUGUUGUGUUGUUCGGUGUCCUGUGUUACCUAGUGUGUCUCUGGGGUCCCUUGGAUCCAAUAUCUCUGCCUUCUCCCCUCGAGGCCCUUAGCAAAACCAUCAGCUGUCGUGUCUAGGUUCUCAAACGCUGGCGCUUCUCAGCAGGAUGCCAAUAUCAUUUGUUCUUUUACCGGCGGGCUCAGCCGCAUCUCGAGUCACAUCUCCGAAGCAUCGAGUCAGACGUCUUUUGAGGCCUGGUUCCCGGCUGUAUCAGCAUCCAUCCUUUCCAGCCGUGAGCUGUAAAGUCCUGGGGCACGUAAGAUUGCACGAUAUGGAGAACAUUCUAAACGUAGCAUUGUCUCACAGCCGCCUUGAUCAUCGUGACCAACAGGUCUUAUAACAGGUCACUCUGUUCCAGUCUUCUGCUCCUUAGAGGAGCUGUCUCCAUCCACUGUCCCCUGAGCAUCAGUCAUCUCUUUUGGCAUCCUCGUGGUCCUUGCCACUACUUAUUCUUGCCAGGAACUCUUUUCUCAUCAUUGUGUCACAAUUUGUAGUAUAAAGUGAUGUUUGUGUUUAGGGACCCCAUUGUUUGUCACGUCCCGUCCUGUGUCACGGGUGUCUGCACAUAUUUGUGCCGGAGCUGCUCUGCCCCGCUGCGUAGCCUGGUGCGAUAGGACCAGUCCCGGGGACUUGAACUUUGUAGCGUGGGCUGUAGUUGGACUCUAGGUGGUAUUCCUAGAUUGACACAAGAUGUUUGGAGCUGUGAAGGUAUCCUGCAGCCCUUUGACUUUUGUUCUAACUUUCUUUCAGAUGCAGAAGGAUAGAAUCCAUGGCGGAGCGCCCCAUUCCGGGUGCAGAGGUUCGGCCGAGCAGGAAGUCAAGCCGGAUAGCAGCAAUCAAGUUGAAGAGGGCAAGGCAGUCCACUCGGAGUAUGCCAGGCCCCCGUCACCAGCCACCUGAUGGACGUGGUUUGCUGCUUUCGUGAGCCCUGUGGACGUCCGACAGGACUCGGUGAUGAAGCCUUUGCUUUUUCUGUUUAAAGGUGGCACCCGGGUAGCCUUUGGUAAUGGCGGAGGAGUUGCAGCGGACCCUGCGACGACAGCGUGGCCUCCGAGCACGGCGCAAUCGUGCCGCCCGAGGACCCGGGCAUUCUUAGGAGAGCGGAGACUACGAGACAACAGCCCAGUGACAGCAGGAACUUCCCAGAUGGCGAGGCGGCCUUGCUUUGCACCUGACACGGACCGGGUUCCCCAGAUGUCAGAGAUAAGUAGAGGGCUGUGACCCAGAGAGGGGAUGAAAGCUGGGUGCGGGGUCGGGACUCACCGGGAGGAGUUUUUGAGUCCGCUUAGGAGAUGGGGAUGUGCAGGAAGUGUCCUUUAGGCCACUGAAAGGCAAAGUUUCACUUGUGAUCACAGUGCUGAGGUGUGCAGGGCAGAGCAGUCCCGGUGUGUCUCAUGUCACUUGUCUAUUGUGCAUUCUGUGUGUUUGGGUGUCUUAGGUCUUUUUCCUUAGCCCUUUGAGGGGCCUGUCAGAAAUCCAUGCAUCAUUCUUAGCAUCUGUGAUCUCUGCGUUCCUCGGCCUGGCACCGAUGCCAUAGAACUUUUGACUCGGGAGCUCAGACAGGCAUCAGAAUCGCAUUUCUCUUUAGAAGCAUCCGGUCAGAUGUCUUUUCAGGUCUUGUACUGAGCCGUAUGGACAGCUGCGCCCCGCAAGGAUCCAUUGCGGCGGAUUAGGAGUCGUAAGAACGUGAGGACUGGUAGAGGAUUCUGACCGUAGGAUUCACAGGCAUCCAUCUUUGCAGCUUCUUGGAAUACAUCAUUCAGUUAGCAUCUUCUUCCUCCAGGGUUCUCUGAGCCUCAUCAGCUCGCCAUCGCCCUCUCCUCGGUCAUCUCAUAUUGCAUUCUUUUGGUCCUUGCAGUCAUUCUUCUUGCCAAGAGAUUUCUAUCCCUGUUGUGUCCCCCAUUGUUUGUCAUGUCCCGUCCUGUGUCACGGGUGUGUGCACAUAUCUGUGCCGGAGCCGCUCUGCCCUGCUGCGUAGCCUGGUGCGAUAGGACAAGUCCCGGGGACUUGAGAUUUGUAGCGUGGGCUGUAGUUGGACUCUAGAUCGUAUUCCUAGAUUGACAAAAGGUGUUUCCACCUGUUGAGUUAUCCUGCAGCCCUCUGAUGUAUAUCCUAACUUUCUUUCAGGUGCUGAUGCAUUAUAUCCUUGUCUGGGCACCCCAUCCCGGGCUCGUGGGUUCCCCUGAGCAGGAAGUCAAGCCAGAGAGCAGCAGUCAAGGCCAAGUGGGCAAGGCAAUUGACUUUGCAUAUGUCCAGCCACCGCCACCAGCCAGCCCAUGCACCGGGUUUCCUGCACAUGUGGGCCUUGUGGAAGUAUUACAGGACUCUGCGAUGAAGCCUUUAAAUUUUCUCAUUCACUGUCCUAUCUCGGUAGCCAUCAGGACAGGCCAAGGAGUUGUGGCAGACCCUGCGACAACGGCGUCAGCCUCCGAGCACGGCCAAAGCGUGCGGCCCGAGGUCCUGGGCAUUCUUAAGAAUAUGCAGCCGGAUAAAAUCCAUGGCAGAGCAUCCCAUCCUGGAUCAGGGGGCUCCCCUGAGCAGGAAGUAAAGCCAGAUAUCAGCGUUCAGGUUGAAGAGGGCAAGUUGAGCAGUGUCCAGUGGAAUGAAGCCUUUGUUAGUGCUCAAGUCUCACUUUCUGGUGCAGCUCUAAGCCUCCAUUUUAGUUUCUGUCCUUUAGGUGUCAUCUGGGUCGCCUUUGGCAACAGCUAUGGAGUUGCGGCAUACCCUGCAACGACAGUGUGGCCUCCGAGCGCAGCAAAAGCAUGUGGCCCGAGGAGCUGGGCAUUCUCUGGAGAACGCUGUCUAAGAGACGACGGCCCAGUGACAGCAGGAAUUUCCCAGCCAGGGAGGCUGCCUUCCUUCACACCAGACAUGGAUCGGCAUCCCCAGAUGUCCGAGGUGCAGAAGGAUUCCCCUGAUCAGGAAGUUAUGCCAGAGAGCAGCAGUCAAGUUGAGGAGGGCAAGGUGGUCCACUUGCAACUUCUCCCGGCCAAGGAUGCCCGAUGCCAGGUGCUGUCCCUGCCCUAGGUGUGCCAAGGAACAGAGGCAAGCGGGUAUCUUCGGGCCAGCCUCUGGAGUCGAAUCAAGAUUUGAGGUACCGUGAGGAGGCUUCUAGGUGAACUUUGGAAACGGCUGCACCGAAGCACACGUCUCGAUGUCCACAUCCAGCUGAUGAUGGAUUUUGUUCGCUCAUCUUCCAAAAGCUAAGUGUUGGGGCGAGUAGUUGGGAGAAGGGGAAAAACCUUUGCUAUCACAGGAGGCAGUUUAAUGUUAGCUUAGCGGAGAGGUCUGUAGGGGGAUGGGGCUCUUUGGAAGUAAAGGGAUAGGGCUUGUCCUCAGCCUCAGCUGCGCCUUUGGCUGGCAGGGUAGUUCCGAUCCAUCUCUGCAUUCUCUUUGAACGUUUCUCUGUGAACUUUGCGUCGUUAGCCUUCUUCGACUCUCAGCGUCGUCGUGGAUUUUUCCCCCGAGGAGCUUGCCUUCAGGCUCGGAGCUAUAGCCACGGUCAACCGGCAGUCUUCGCUUCCUUCUCUAGGCGUACCGAGCCUUUUGAGCAUCCUCCUAACUGCUUUGACACUAACUUCUUUUAAGGAGUUAUGUUUCAUCAUCAUGUGUUGUCAUAGGGCUUUCUUUCCUUUGGCAUCAUCGGCCUGUGGCUCAUCUUACGCUAGGAAUCUUGGGUCCGUAAGGUGAAACUGCCAGGCGGUUUCCACUCGUGUCUGUGUUAUGUUGUCCGUGUCUGUGUUAUGUUGUCCGUGUCUGUGUUAUGUUGUCCGUGUCUGUGUUAUGUUGUCCGUGUCCAUUGUCUUCUGUGCUGUAGGCCAUUCUUACAUCUCGAUGCUUUAUCGGCAUCAUUCUGCAUCAUAUCGGCCGCAUUUUACUCACGUUCCUCCCCGGAUAUCGCUUAUUCCGACAUCUUUACA